AAAUGAGUCAAGGUGCUGGUGUUGUUUCUCAGCCGUUGUGCUUACUCCAUGGCUUUGUUCUUUCUCUCCCAUAGACUGUGGAGUCUGUGCUCCGUCCUGCAGGAGCAGCUCCGGCCUGUCUUGUUGUCCCAGUGAGAACAAAGAAGAGGUUUUCUGUCCCUGAAUGGGCCAGGGAGCUGUCUCCUAAAGAGAAGGAGAAGAGACUCAGGUCUUCUGGGAUGGUAUUUCCCGAGGAACGCAUAGAACGGACCUUCUACUUGGCCUGCACAGCUGAUAUUAUAGACCCUUAUGUCCCUCCUGAGGGCGAUGCCCGCUUGACUUCCCUGUCCAAAGAUGGGCUGAAGCAAAAAGUGGAGAAGAUGAAGCAGACUGCUGUCUCCCAGCUAGCUCUGCGGAAGGUAAAAGAUCAUGAUCCGGAUUUCAGCACUAAAACCUUCCCAGAGAAGGCGCAGGAGAUAUUUAUUGAAGCUCACAACUGCCUGGCAAAUUUUAACAAGCAGAAACUUCACUCCCUGGUGACAGAGCGCUGCUACCCAGAAAUGGUCCGUGGGAACAGGUACAAGACCAUCCGGUGGAGUUUUGUGGAGUCGCUGGAGCCUCCAAGAGUGGUUCAUGUUCGAUGUGACAGCAUUGUGAAUCGAGGCAACCUGUAUGGCCAGGUGACAGUGCGGAUGCACACGCGGCAGAUUCUGGCAAUCUAUGACCGCUUUGGGCGGCUGAUGUAUGGUGGGGAGCAGGUGCCCAAGGAUGUUUUGGAGUAUGUCGUGUUUGAGAGGUACUUGGUCAACCCAUAUGGCACAUGGAGGAUGCACGGCAAGAUCGUUCCAGAGUGGGCUCCACCCAAGGAGCCCAUCAUUAAGACUGUGAUGAUUCCUGGCCCAACCUUGGAUCCCUCAAAAGAGUUUGAAGAAAUGAAGUAGGAAGUUCCAGAGCCUGUUACAGAGGCAGCAGUGCAAGCUGCUCUGGAGGGAAGACGUGGAGAAUGUCUGUGGAGGUAGCGGGUUGGAUAUGGCUUGUGCCUUUCCAAUGAGCAGUCAACAAACAAAGUGGCUUCAGAAAUGGACUCCAGUCACUAGGAAUUUGCCUUUAAAGGAGCGAGAGGGGCUUGGGAGAGGGAUUCAGAUGAGCUCUGGCAAGAGCUUUUCUUUGUCUGAGUAGAUGUAGUGUGCUGCAGCUUAACCCUCUCUGUGUUUCUGUGAAGACGAGAAGUCUGUUCCCUUCAGGACUGCUCUCUAGGCUAACUUCUGUCCUGAACUUGCAUCCUGACAGCCCUUGGCAGCAGAAGUCUGUCCAGACAUGGGAUACUUGGCACUUCCAUGGGAAGUGUCAUAGACCUGGUGGGCUUUCCUUGAAAUGUUCAGCAGUAGGGGUUGGCACGUUCUUUUCCU